GUGUGCUUGGGAGAGAGCGAGAGAGCCUUGCGCAGCCUCCGCUGCAAAAUGAACGGGAAUGGCAAUGAAAUGGGGCAAUCAGCUGAUGCGGCCAUCGCUCUUUGUUUUGCUUUUCGGCAGCAUGGCGACAAAUGGUGAGAGUAGGUGAAAGCGAGAGGCCAGCUGCGACGCCGGCUGAGGCAGAGCAGCGACCGCGACUGCGACUGCGGCCAAAAAGGAUUUCCGAGCUUGUGGCCUGCCUUUCAGUUUGUAACGGUAUUCCACGCGCCACGGACGCUCGACUAACGGAACGCGACCACCCCUAAGAGAAAGAGCGAUUUAGGACGCGGAUUUGGCACAAUGAAAAUAUGAGGAGCGCAAUCAGCAAGAGCGAAAUGAAUAAAUUACGCGAAAAUAAAAUCAAUUUGCAUUAAGAGCCGGAGGAGACGAGCGACUGGCCAACGUCGUAGCCGUCAGACUUUUCAAGACCAAACCCAAGCCAUAUACCAUCUACCAUCUAUAUCUACGAUAUAUAGUAGCAUUUGCCAUAUACCAUCUACCAUCUAGCGUUCUUUCCCAACUGACAGCCAUUUGAAGGACGAACAAGGCGCUGGCCGAUGAGCUGGCUGGCGGGCAAAUUAUAUUACCUUGUCAGGCGAGUGACAUAAAGGCGGACCUCUUGGCCCCGCGAAUCAUCCGCUGAAGACCCAUGUGUGGAUCCCACUGAAGUGGCAGUGGCAGGUGGCAAAGGAGGUGGCUUUGGUGGCUUUGCUGACACACUGGGGAGGAGGAGGUCACGUCUUGGAUUACAAAAUCGCAAAGCCGGAAUGCUACGCAGCUGCGUUUGCCUGCGCACCGACGAUGAUGGGAAGCGGCGCAGCUCCUCCGUGGAAGACGCCUCCUCGUGCCGCUCGUCGGAAAUAGAGCGCGUGGGCGCCAGCAUGCAGACACUGGGCCCCAAUGGCCAGCCGCAGUCAUCCGGACAGCAGACGAGCACCCGGGCCUCCAGUCUGCUGCAGCUCUUCCAGCGGCGAGGUUGGUGCAAGCACUUCCGCAAGCCGCUCCGUGGCAUGAGCGCCUCCCGCGCCGAAAAGACCAUUCGAGCGGCAAUAUUCAUCCAGAAAUGGUAUCGCAGGCAUCAGGCCCGUCGAGAAAUGCAGAGGCGUUGCAACUGGCAGAUCUUCCAGAACCUGGAGUACGCCAGCGAACAGGACCAGGCUGAGCUGUACAAAUUCUUCAAUGACCUCAUUAAGCACAUGCCCCAGGCGGCGGGCAGGAAGAACCAGUACCAAGGAUCCUCUCAUGUUUCCGUUUUGGAUGAAAAAGACGACCUUGUUGAAGAGUUUGGGGACAUUGUAAAUGCCAAAAUCGAGUUGCCAAUACGAAAAAAUCAUAUCGAUCUAUUGAUUGACGUCUUCCGCAAGAAAAGGGGAAACCGAUUGCAUCCCAAAUAUGUGGCCCUAAUUCUACGUGAGGCUGCCAAGUCCUUGAAGCAGUUACCCAAUAUUUCCCCAGUUUCCACGGCUGUUUCCCAACAAGUUACAGUUUGUGGGGAUCUUCACGGCAAAUUGGACGAUCUUCUUGUGGUGCUACAUAAGAACGGUCUUCCCUCUUCUUCCAAUCCCUACGUGUUCAAUGGCGAUUUUGUGGACAGGGGAAAACGGGGCCUGGAGGUCCUUUUGUUGCUCCUCUCGCUCUAUUUGGCUUUUCCCCAGGCCGUUUUCCUCAAUCGGGGAAACCAUGAGGACAGUGUUAUGAAUGCCCGCUAUGGAUUUAUUCGGGAGGUGGAAAGCAAGUAUCCUCGGAAUCACAAGCGAAUUCUGGCCUUCAUCGACGAGGUUUACCGAUGGCUUCCUCUCGGCUCCGUUCUCAACAGCCGAGUACUAAUUGUCCAUGGAGGUUUUUCAGAUAGCACAAGCCUGGAUCUUAUUAAAAGUAUUGACAGGGGCAAGUACGUGUCUAUUUUAAGACCACCGCUUACAGAUGGCGAGCCACUGGACAAAACCGAAUGGCAACAGAUUUUCGAUAUUAUGUGGAGUGAUCCACAGGCCACAAUGGGAUGUGUUCCAAAUACUUUGAGAGGAGCUGGUGUUUGGUUUGGACCCGAUGUAACUGACAACUUUCUUCAGCGACAUCGAUUAAGCUACGUGAUUCGAUCCCACGAAUGCAAGCCCAAUGGUCAUGAAUUUAUGCAUGAUAACAAGAUAAUCACUAUUUUCUCGGCUUCGAAUUACUAUGCCAUUGGAUCCAACAAGGGGGCAUAUAUCCGUCUGAAUAAUCAGCUCAUGCCCCAUUUCGUUCAGUAUAUAUCGGCGGCAUCGCAAACAAAGCGAUUGUCCUUUAAACAACGCAUGGGAAUCGUGGAAAGUUCGGCGCUGAAGGAACUGGCAGUUCGAAUGCGAGAUCACCGCGAUGAAUUGGAGGACGAGUUCAGGAGGUACGAUCCCAAGGACAGUGGCUAUAUGUCCAUAUCGAACUGGUGCAUGGUCAUGGAGAAGGUCACCAAGUUGGGGCUGCCCUGGCGACUCCUGCGAGACAAACUUGCUCCGGGAACCGAUAGUCAGAAGGUUAAUUACAUCAGGACAUUGGAUUUACUGGACACGGAUGUAAUACUUGAAGCUGAGGCUGAUGGAAUGUCGGUUAUGGAUGCCCUGUACGCCAACAAGGCAAGUUUGGUGGCCAUUUUCAAUAUCAUUGAUGCAGAUAAUUCCGGUGAAAUAACCUUGGAUGAGUUCGAAACCGCGAUUGAUUUGCUGGUGGCACACAUGCCGGGUGCCUAUUCGAAAGCAGAAAUGCUGGAGAAGUGCCGCAUGAUGGAUCUGAACGGAGAUGGCAAGGUGGAUCUCAACGAGUUCCUGGAGGCAUUCAGACUGAGUGACAUCCACAGGAAGGAGCAGCAGGACGAGAAUAUAAGGAGGCGUUCAACUGGCCGAUCGGCCAUAGCUAAAACCGCUUCAGAUCCCGUCACUUUAUUGGCCGACAAGAUCUCAAAAAACACACUGGUUGUGGAGCACGACAUCGAUCCCACGGAUUGCGAGGCUAAAGUUAUUGAUCCUAAGAAAUCAUAAGUGAAUAUCACACAUUUAUAGUCAUCAAGAAACUAACAUCAUUUUGGUUUUAGCAAAUUUAUUUAUUUGGUUAACUGAAGCAUUUAUAGCGCUUUCGAUAUUUUAACAUCAAUUUAAUACAUAACAAGUAUUGCAAACGAAUGUUAACAUUUACGUAUGAUAGGUAUACCAAGACAAGAUCUAGAGAGAAAUAUCAAGAAUUAAAGUAUCUUGAGAGGCGAAAAUGAUAAAAAGUAAGAUCUCUGCGAAAGCAAAGUAAGAUUGCUAAACUCACAAUGUUUUUUAGCAAGUCUACCGGCCAUUCCCUUACGCUUUUGAUUUAAACUACUUUUAAUUAUAACAACCUACUAUGCACUCUUAAGUAAGCUAUCAUUAAACAUUACUAUAAAAGAAAUAAAAGAUGUUAUAAAAUUAUAAAGAUUAUAUAAAAUUAAUAUUGUUAAAGUUAUAAAAAAUAUUGUCAAAAUUAUACAAACAAAUAUCAGGCGCUUUUUGUUAAAAAAAACAUACUUAUUGUAUAUUUGUUUAACUUACAAAGUUUAAGCCCAGGGGAUCAAAAGUAAAUUUUAUAUACGACUACGGCUAGAUCUAAAAUUUUAUAAAAAUUACAUGUAAAGUAAAAGACAUUUCCCCUCUCAUAAAACUUAUAAAAAACAAAUAAUUAUAUUCUAAAAUGCAAUAUUAUAAAAAAUACAAAUACACUGCUUUAAAUUGAAAUUAAUUGAUUAUUAAAAUAUAUGAGAACUUAAAGAAUAUAACUCAGAAUGAAAUAUAAAAAAAGUAUAAAGCUUUUGAACCACCUUGCGUUUUAUAAAGAAUAUUUAGUCAGUAAGCAGUUAAAAGAAAUGCUAGAAAAAAAUAUAUUAAAUACAUACCUGAAAUGGACCAUGCUUUGGCACAAGAAUUUAUUUUUGAAUCCACUUCAUGUUUUUCAGUUAUUAAACCAAUAAAGUUCAAAGCUUAUACUGUUAAAAAAAUAAACAAGAAAAGCAAUUGUAUCAAAGAUAUAAAUUUCCCGACCUCUAAGAACUCAACGCAAUAACAAAUUUUUAUAUUACCGUACAGUUGAUAUCCGUUAAAGUUAAAAAAGUUACCUUAGAUUAAGUCGUUUGGGGGAGAUUGAUAGUAGCUCCUUACCUAAUAAAAUACAUAAUAUAUAAAAAAUAUCCACAAGAUCGUAAUCGAGUACCUAUAACAAACUAAAACAAAAACGCUUCUCAACAGGCACUACAGGACCAAUAAAUUUAGCCAUAUAUUGGCACUCUUAUAACAAAGAAUACUACGCUAGUCAUCAAUUAACAUUUUAGUACUGUAUAUCUACUAUAAGAAGCACCUUUCCCUAUUUGUAUUUUGAGCCACAUUUCAUCGACAGACAAAAUAUUUUCCUGAAAACUUUAUUAAUAAAUAUGUUUAAAUGAUA